AUGUUGCUAUGGACAGCUUUGACGUUGACUUGGGCUGCCUGCAUCCGCUUGCCGACAGAGGUGAGCAUGGCAAAAGUCCCGAUGCUACACACCUGCGCAUCGCUGCUGAUUCGAUGGACCGCCCCUUCCCCCCGAAGCGGCGGACGAUGCAUGUAGGGUUGCUCACCCCACUCCGUGAUCGCUCCCAUGCGAAGGGUGGACGCCAAGCAGAGAGCAUACCAUCGAGAGCUGGCUCCAGCCUGGUCGCAUCUCUGCAGCGGCGCACGCGGAUGGACAAGCGCAACACGCUCGUUCGCAUCGCCUCGGCACGUACACCUGCCAAGGUGGAGGUGCACUUUUCCGACGCCGCCGAUAGGGCGCUUGGCCCCAUAGAAGAAUGGUCCUCGCUCUACAGCCGUCUUCAAGAUUGGGCUUCACAUACCCAGGCUAUCCACAGCGUUCACGUCUCCCGCGUAGGUCCUCGUCGAGCCGACAAUCACCGCCAUGUCCAACUGGAAAGCUUCGAUUACAGCGGUUCCCCUCUCAACACCCACUCCUUCAACCUGCAUCAUCCUCCUCCUCCUGCUGUGCGGAUUCGAGAACCAUUGGCUCAAGCCCAGGCGCAAGGAAGCCACUGA